GGUUAACCGUGAUCACGAAGGCGGUUCCUCCGGAGUGAGGCUUGGCCAUUGCACAUUCGGCUGAGUUGACCUCUGCGAUUAUUCCUAAUGUGAAUAACUCGUGCGUGUAAUUUUUGGUAGCCGGGAAUGGCGUUCGCGCCGUCCCGACCUUAAUUAAUAAAUCUAAAUAUAACCUAACAACAGUUUUCUUACUAUCAUUAGUUUAGAAAUGGGAAAAGAUUAGCAUUUAACCAAACCACACACACAUACAUAUGCCAAGAAUAAAAAACAAUUUGCUGAAAAUGUGUGCACUUCAGACUGGUAAUUCGCGAUUCUCCAGAAAAUUGUUAUCAGUGACUUAUACUUUCGAGAGUAAUGGAUAAUCUAACCUAAGGUACGCUCACACAGUCACUUGCGUUGAUGGACCUUGACGACAGAUGGUCGCAAUCGCCUUCACCUGGAAUACAGAUACACCCAGGUGACUCUCUGAACUCGGUGAUCCCUUAUCUUUAUCGAGAGACAAAGAGAGAUUUGGUGCAUUCUCAUUUGGCUAUAUAAGCGCAUGUUGGGGCGACGAACAAGUAACAGUCUUUAGGUAUUGGAUCCCAUUGCGGUGUGUGCAUCUAAUCCGGAGCAGUUGUGGUUGUGGUAGAAGAAGGAGACAUCAACAUGAAGAUUGCUAUUGCAUUGCUGGCCUGCUUGGGCCUGGUCGCUGCGGCCAGUUUCCACCAAACGCACGAGGUGAAAAUCGCCGACAAGGCUUUCCUGGAAAAGCAAAAGUUCCUGUUCGAGAUAGUUUACAGGGUGGAGGAUCCCCUAAUGUUCGAGGAUUACAUCAAAAUGGGACCGCAAUUGUACACUGAGGAGUCCUACUACACUCACUAUGACUUGUACAUGAAGAAGUUCUACGAGGCAUACAAAAUGCACGCACUUCUUCCCAAGGGUGAAUUCUUCGGCCAAUUGAACAUGGCCCAUGCCAAACAGGCUCGCGGAUUAUUCAACUUCUUCUACUAUGCCAAGGAUUGGGAGACUUUCAUGCACAAUGUGGCCUGGGCCCGUAUGCAUGUGAACGAGGGCAUGUUUGUCUACGCUCUUACUCUGGCCGUGAUCCACCGCGAAGACUUCCACGGACUGAUGCUCCCCUCCAUCUACGAGAUCUUCCCACAGUUCUUCUUCAACAGCAAAUUCGUGUACGAGGCCGAGAAAUUCGAUUACGAGAUGUGGAUGAAGAUGACCAUGUACGAGAAGGAAUACAUGGAUGUCUACCACAAGGGACACGGACACGGUAACAUGUACCAGUAUGGCGAUUACAUGUACAUGAAGGACUUCAAGAUGUGGCAGUGGUGGAAGCUGAUGGGUCUCGGCGAGCACUGGUACAGCGAAAACAAGUUCAUCCUGCGUGAGAACAUUUACGAAUUCAACCAGGACACCAAAUGGCAAGACAUGAUGAAGGACGUGAAAGUCUGGUGGAUGCCAGUGGACUACACCCGCGACUUGGACAUCUACAACGAAGAGUCGAAACUGUCCUACUUCACCGAGGAUUUGGGCUGGAACUCCUACUGGUACUAUCUGAACUUGGACUACUCCUUCUUCCUCGAUGGCAACACCUUCGGCCUGAAGAACGAUCGUCGUGGCGAGUGGUGGUUGUACAAUGUCCACCAGCUGCUCUCCCGCUACUAUAUGGAGCGUUUGUCUCACGGCUUUGGUGAUAUUCCAGAGUUCUCGUGGUACCAUCAAAUCGAAAUGGGCUACGAUCCCCAGAUGAUCUACUACAACGGCAUUGGCUACAGCUACCGCAAGAACUACUACGAGAUGGAAACCUACGGCAACUUUGAUAUGCUCAACCAGAUCACCGGCUUCAUGCAGCGCAUCCACAACAUCAUCGAAAACGGACACUACAAGACCAGCGAUGGACACAUGAUUGACCUGCGUAAACCCGAAUCCAUUGAGUACAUCGGCAACAUCAUGCAGGGCAAUGUUGAUGCCAUGGACAAGAUGUUCUUCCAGUUCUGGUACAUGAUGGCCCAUAUGUACUUCGCCGACGCCGACUAUCACCAGAUGGAUGUCUAUCCCAACGUGAUGCUCAACUUCGAAACAAUGAUGCGUGACCCCAUGUACUACAUGUUCUACAAGUCGAUUGCCCAAGUCUACUUCCAGUUCAUGCACUACCUGCCCAAAUACACCAAGGAACAGUUGCUGAUGCCAGGUGUGACACUGAAACAUGUGGAGAUCAGUGAGCUGGUUACUUACUUCGAUCUGGUUGACUUCGAUGUUACCAACAUGCUCAACGACAAAAUGGUCUUCCACGAAGGCAAAUUCGUCUGGGACAAGUCGCUCUAUGCUCGUCAGAUGCGCCUCAACCACAAACCCUUUACCUACAGCUAUACCAUUGAGUCGGACAAGCCCGAAAAGGUUGUGGUCCGUGCCUUCUUGGGUCCCAAGUUUGAUGAAUUCGGAAAAAUGAUUUCCCUAUCAGAAAACCGCAUGAACUUCAUGGAAGUCGAUGAGUUCUACUACGAACUGAAGGCUGGUAGCAAUGUCAUCACUCGCAAGUCCAAUGACUUCUACUGGACCGUUAAGGAUCGCACUACUUACACCGAACUCUACUACUAUCUGAUGAUGGCUUUCGACGGCAAAUACAGUUUCCCUCUGGACAUGAGCGAGCCCCACUGCGGAUUCCCAGACCGCCUCGUCCUGCCCAUGGGCUGGAAGAAGGGAAUGCCCAUGCAGAUGUUCUUCAUGGUGAUGCCAUACACUGCACCAACCCACGAGCAGUUCUCCAAAUUUGAUUACACCUACUCCUGCGGCAUUGGCUCGGGAGCUCGCUUCGUCGACGACAUGCCAUUCGGCUAUCCCUUCGACCGCGAGAUCGAUGAGUACGAGUUCUUCGUGCCCAACAUGUACUUCAAGGAUGUCAUGAUCCACCACCUGGAUACCAUGGAGCCCUACUACCACUAUAAGGGCUACACCAACUACGGACAGUUCGAUUACACCUUCUUCCGUGACUACUACACCAAGUACUUCAAGUUGUAAGGCUCAGCGCCGCCGGAUGGGGCAACAUUGUAACAGGGCAGCUAUAAGUGAUGGCAAAUAUGGAACAAAUAUUUUUGAGUCAAUGCAUUUAAAAUUCA